CAAUUCGUACUUACUGCACGAGUGCAACAAAACUUAUGUAUAGUUUUGUUCUUAUGAAUUGUUAUGUUUUGAUUUCAAAGUUAAGUGAAUAAAUAUUAAUUAUUUUACACACAUGUGGGUUUUUUUGAACCAUAAAAAAACUUAUUUUUUUAAUACUUAAAAACUUUUUUAGUAUAUACGUAUUCUAUUUAUAAUGGCUUUACCAAAAAAAAGAAAACAAUCAAAACGACUUCUAUGUCGUACCAAGUACAAGGUAGCAAAGAAAGUACGAGAACACAACAGAAAGAAAAGAAGAGAGGCAAAAAAAAAUCCAAAAAAGAAGACAAAAAAUAGUAUGAUAAUUGCUCCCAAUAUGUGUCCAUUUAAAGAAGAAAUUAUUGAACAACUAAAUGAAGCAAAAAAAAAAGAACGUGAAAUUCGAAUGGCAAAUUUUGCUGCUAUGGAUCAACUACCAGAAGAAAAAAAAAAAAAAUCUGAGCCAUCCUUACCAUUUAGACAAAGAUGGCUUGCUAAAGAAACAAGGGAAGAUAGAUAUCCUGAUAAAAAUUAUGAAAAUAUAAUUUCAAUGUGUGAUGUUGUUUUAGAAGUACUGGACAUAAGAGAUCCAUUAGCCACCCGUUCAAAAGAAAUAGAGGAUUACUUUGCUAUAUUUUCUGAUAAAAAGCGUAUUAUUUUAUUAAACAAAAUUGAUUUAGUUCCCAAAUCUGUAGUAUCUAGUUGGGUAGACUAUUUUAGUAAAAUAGCACCAACAGUACCUUUCAGAGCUAGUCGAGAAGUUAGAAACACGCCGAAAACCAGUGCAAAAGAUCCUAACUUUUUAGCUAGAAUUAAAAAGAAGCAAGCAAAUAAAUGUUUUGGAGAAACUAUUGUAUGGAAUUACUUGUUAAAUGCUAUCAAUACACCUAUCUUAGGUAUAACUAUUGGUGUAGUUGGUAUGCCCAAAGUAGGAAAAUCCUGUGUAGUUGAUACCAUUAAGUGGAAAUAUACUAGUGGAGAUGAACCUGUACCAUCAAAAAAAAACCAAGAAGUCUGUGUAUUUCCUUUUAAUGAUGCAAAAAUUGAAUUAUUGCCUUGGAGUUGUAUUGGUGCUAAUACAAUUUUGGACAAACCUAGUGAUAGCCGCUUAUUAAUUAAACAAGCUUUGGAUGUUGAUUUACAAAAUGUAGUUCCAAUCAAACUAUGUGCACUUAUAUUACCAUUGAUAAACAGGAAUCAGUUAAAACUUAUGUAUGAUAUGUAUGUAGAAAACACUGAAGAUUACACACAAAUUCUUGAAGUAAAAGCUAGACGUAAUAGUUUAAUUAAUAAACAUGGUAAACCUGAUCAUGUAAAUGCUGCUAAAUCCUUCAUGAAAGAUCUUAAAGAUGGAAAAUUAUUGUAUUAUACAAGACCACCCAACAGUGAUGCUAAAGGAUUACUGAUGUCUCUUGACCAAGAAACCAAGGUGAAUAUAGAUGGCAUGUAUGCAAGGUUAAACAAAGAGCUAUUACACUGUAGAGAUAAACCUAGAGUAAUUUUUUUUGAUAUGACAGACUCGUGUUGAAAUUCAAUAUUAAUAAAAUAUAUUAUUUAUAGAAA